UACAAAGAUGGCAGUAUUUUAAUGGGUGAUGGACACACACACACACACACACACACACAUAUAGGCCUAUAUAAGCGACAGAGUGGCGUAAUAAUAAGAUAUAACAAUUGAGGGAAGCUGAUUUGUGUCGUAACGCCGAUGAACCUGUUGAUAAUCAAGCUCCUCUGGCUCUGAAGCGUUUGAACAGGUACCAGUUGUCCAGAAGAUGGCGGACGCGGGGCGCACGCUAUGUGUUCGCGGUUUGCCCGGUGGCAUCGCACCCGAGCGACUAGCAGAUAAACUUCAAAUUCAUUUUCUGAGUGCAAGGAACGGGGGAGGAGAGAUAACGUCAAUUACCGUUAACGAACGUGACCGGCUUGCCCUCAUUACCUUUGAAGAUAUCACAGUUGCUCUCAGUGUGCUCAGACACUGCCCACACAUCUUCGAGGUGGAUGGUAGAAAAUACAAGAUUGCUCUUAGUUUUCCAUGGCAAACGUCAGUGCACCCAAACAAGGUAAUCCUUAAGAUGUCUGUGACUAUAGACUGCAGUCAGCUACCCCAGGGUAAGGAGACUGUAAAAACCCUCAGCAAGAAAUUUCCAGGUCUUCAUGUCCACUUCCUCAGACAACAGAGGCAGUGUUCCUUGCAUGGGCUAUAUUCAGAAGUGCAGUCAGUUGUGUCUCACCUGGUGGAGCUCCUUGGUGACCAUGAUCCUCCAGAAGAAAACAGUUCUUCAUACAGAAGAGACAGAAACCAAGGUUCAUGGACUAACCAAGGCAAUUUAAAAGAUCAAGAAGCCAGACCUACAGACCAGACUCAUGGGCUUCAUGUUGGUUGGCUGAAUUUAAAUGAUCAGAGAAUUCUGAGCUCUGAGAUACUUAUGUGGAAGAACCCAAGUAAAGAGGGGACCAAUGUUGACUUAUCAAUGGCACAGACACAUGGUACUGAGAAGAGAAAAGAGUGGACAGAGGAGCUAGGUGUGGAGGCUCUGUCCCUGAUCGUGGAGGCUGAUGUUUUUGCAUACCUGCGCACCAGGAGUAGUAAGGAGUAUGAGAAUAUAUUAGACAGGCAUGGGGUGCAUGUAGUGGAUGUGACAUCAGAGGGGGUUACUACACUGUACUUGCAGUCUGAUGCAAAAGCAAAGACAAGCUCAGAGAUACAAAAAUGCAUGAAGCAAGCCCGUGAGGAGCUGAGUCAGAUCUACCACCAGCUGGAGGGUAAUCUGAGAAGAGCUCAGAUUCGGAGGAGUACCCUCAGUCUGCGAGGAGGGGACACUGCAGCAUUUGAAGACUUGCAGUCUUUACUUCCCAAAGUACUUAUCAGCUAUGAUCAGACGUAUGUUUAUAUUGUAGGUCAGAGUAGUGAAGUCUCUCGGGCCAAGCAGAUCCUCCUGCUUGGUUCAAGGGAUGACCAUUGGCUGAGCUUGACACCAAAGAAUGAAAUGUACUGCCCCACAUCCCCCUCAAACUCGGACUCCCCAGUGUCUCAACCAGAGACGACACAGGCAGGAGGGGCAAGUGGUGUGCUCAGAACAGUGGUCCCAAAAGUGAACAACUCAGGAGUGGAACAAAGAGGGCGGGGCAGGGAGGAAUACAAACUGGCAGCCCGGUUUAAGAAGUCUGAGAAGGGAUUUCUGGGAUUCAGCCCUGGAGAAAGUAGGAGAGCUAGAGAACUCCAAGAUUUAAUCCCAGACAUGAACAUGUUAACGCUAACAUCAAACUCUGAACCAACACCACCCUCGAGGUCCUCCUUACGUACUGCAGGCACAGGGAAUGAUGAGAAAGCUAGUGUUUCUCAGAUUGGUGUGCUUGGACCAGUAGGAGCAAGCCACACCGGAGAUGAUAUUUUGUAUCAUAAGAUGAGUCACCAGACCUUUCCAAACUCAUUCAAAACCUGUGAAUCACUUGCAAACAAAUUUAGCAGAACAUGUUCCACAAGAUCUACCUCCACAUUAACACCUGCAGUCAAAGCACCACCCAGCACAUCUGUGAAUGCCCUGUCAGACCUUGAAAAACAGGCCAAGCCUCAUGUGCUUGCCACAUUGUCUAACCCCCAUCCUUCCUUAAAAAGGGCAAAUAGUUUUUCUGGACGACCUUCACAAAAACAGGAGAUGCAAAAGUCUGGGAUCAAAAAAUCAAGCCAUUACCUUAGAAGACCAAGGUACAGUAGCUUUAAAAGUGCUGAACAGGCAGAUGAACAUUCACAUGGUGUUGUCUCAUCAGACAUUUUAGUAUCUGCAGUGAUGUGGAACUACAUGAAAGAGGCAUAUCAGUCCCGUCUGGCUGCUCUGAUCUCUGAUCUACAAGUCUCUGAGAGUCCAGCAAGUAAGGGUGAGGUCAGAGUUAAUCUGAAGGGAUCAGAGGUGUCCAAGGUUGGUAAUAGUCAGAGUGAACUUCAGAAGCUAGUAGGCAUGAUAGCUUCGGACUUUUGUGUUCAGGAGCUUCGAAUGUCUGAUCUUGGUGUAACUGAAGGUAGUGAGGUAUUUAAGGCAUGUUGCUCAAACAUACGCUCGCAGUUCAGCAAAAUCUCCCUGCACACUGUAAAGGAUGGGGUCUUCCUGACCGGGCCCAAGAUGCUGUGUUCGCAUGCCAGUGAAAUGUUAAAAGAAGUGUUUCCUAAUGUAGUGUCUAAUUCUGCACCUCAAACCAAUACAUUUUCCCAUCAGGGAACUACAGACCAAUGUAUUGCAUCAGAUAAUGAGACUCUGUUCCAAAGCAAUGGCCAUAUUAGACCAAGUCAGAUAAAAGCUGACAUAGAGGCUGACAUAGAGUGUCAUGAAGGAUCGCGAUCAGACUCCCAGUCUCAGCUCUGGAAUGUGAGACCUGGAAUCCAAUCACCAAAGCAAAACCAAGUCAUUAGAAAGAAGUUUAAGAAGGGUGGAUCUGCAGAUUUGGAAGCAGAAAAGACUGAUGUGUUGUUGAACAAAUCGUCUGUGGGGAGCAGUAGCUCUACCUCAUUCACAACACAGACAAAACAAAAAGUGACCCAGACGAAUUCAAAACCUUCUACCUUGCCAGCCGGUAACCAUUCAGAACCUUGUGUGUGUGGAGAGAGGGGUACACGUACAAGCUGCAAUUUGGUCCCGCGCUCCUGCUACCUUCCACUUCAUGCUCGGUGCAUGGUAUGUCCCACAGUGAAGAUAACUGGGGAGCCUUCACAGGACAUGUGGGUGGAUAGAAUAAAAGAGGCACAUACUGCAGAAAGGCUCACAGGAAAAGAGGCAGGCAAGGGACCAACACAGGUGCAAGGCAUUCAUGGCACCAUGAAGUGUGUCGAGCUACCACAAAGCCUGUCAGGCUACGAACCGUACCGAACUGCCAAGAUCACCUAUUACAUUCCUGAUGGCAUCCAAGGGGCGGAGCAUCCUAAUCCUGGGUCACCAUUCCAAGGAGGCAUAUUUGACACUUAUCUGCCUCUGAGCACAAAGGGGCAGGGAUUACUGCGUUGCCUGGAAAAAGCAUUUAAGCAAGGUUUAACCUUCACUAUUUGUCCUGGUGACAUGAAGGGCUACAGAAGUGCAAGAAUAGUUUGGGACAGAAUCCCUCACAAGAUGAAUAUGGAAGGGGGGAGGAGUCGGAAUGGAUAUCCAGAUUCAACAUAUCUUAAUGACCUGGCUGAGGCACUGAAGGCUAGUAGGAUUGAGGAAGCUAUACUGAAUGAAAACUAAGUGCAAUCCAAUUUUCAAUUUUCUUAACCUCAACAGCUUCAGGCAUAAUGCUUUUUAGAAUCAAGCCUUUGUAAAGACGUGUGUGUAAAUCUGUGGUCAAUUUAUAACAUUUAAAGAGUAAAAUUCUGUAUUUUAUUAUGAGUGGCACUUUCUAAAUGAUGUCACAGUUUUCCCCAUAAAGCACAUAAUUUGUUGUGUGUGAUGUAUGCUGGUGUAGUACACAUAUACCUAUUAAACUAAUUUAAUGUCUAAA